AAAAAUGAAACAAAAUCUCAUGUUUUUAAAUGGUUUGUUUCAUUCUUCAAAAAAAAAAUUCUAAAUAUAUUCUAUCACCACUUUAAAAUUAAUUAUUAAUAACAUUUUAGGAGGGGUAAGUAGAAGUAGAAUUAUUAAUACGACAAAUGUUCUUGGCUACUCACAUGUCUUUUUUCCAUUUGCAAAUGAUUUACCUGCAACAAACAAAUGUUACAAGAGAAAAUAACUUAUGAUUUAGACAUGAAUCCGUUUCCUAUAUAAAACGUUUUGGUAAAACAUUUCUUUCUUAGCUAGCCAAUUGAACUCAGUACAUUGUCAUUUUUGUAACCCAAUUUCAAUUGGUCAUAUUGUAUUGUACCUUUUGAUCAGAUAUGCUAUAUGCAGCAGGUAGAAGAUACAAAAUAUGCAUAUUAUAAGCAAAAAUGAUGUGUAAUAGCUGAAUGAGAUAUCACUAAGGUAAUGUGGAAUGUGAGAUGAACCACCAAGGUGUUUUUUUUUCCUUUUGUGUUAUAGUGAUUCUUGACAAAAAACUAUAGAGCAUGUUUAAUUGCUUUUAAAGAAACCCUCUCAUAUAGUAAUUACGAUAUCAAUUUUCUUAGACUUUUCUGUUAAAGGAGUUGAUAAGAUAUCAGCUCUCUUAUGCUUUCCUGUAAAGGAGUUUUAAUAUGAUCAAAGGUACUAUUAAGAUUUUUAAACAAUAUGUUAAGUGAUCAACUCUCAUGAGAUAUCACGAAUUAGUUUCUAAUAAUAUCGUUGGUUGUAUCAGGAACAUAUACUGCCAUUGUAUAUAUAUUUGCAGUUACCUCCAGACGUUAAUUUGGGAUCUAACAUAUGAAAUCACCAGAUUACAACUACAUAUACCACUUAACUUUUUUCUCAGAGUAAAGAGACGGAGAAUAUAAAAAAAUAUACGAAAUAAUGUAUUAAAGGUGAAAGAAUCAAUCCAAUGCCAAUAUCUUAUAAAUGAAAUUGAUCCAAAUCCAACUUUGAAAGCAAAGUAUAAAAGAACAAUGACAGAACAAAAAAGAAUGUGGAGAGUUCGACACUAUUUGGUUCUAGAAUUAUUUCUAGUUAAAUUAAAUAGGUUGUUGAGUAUACAUUGAGAAAGGAAUAUAAUAAUCUUAGCAUAUGGUUCUCAUCUAAGCAGAAACAUAUUAUCCCACAUAAUCAGUUUGAUUUUUCAAGCACAAUGUUUGUAUGUAAUAGUCAAAAUAAACAAAUUAAUAUUUGUAUAUGGGUUAUCACCUAUCAUCUGUAAAUUUGUAAAGCUAAUUGUAAAUAUUAUGUUUACAUCUUUACCCUUAAAAAAGAGUAUGUAACUUAACAUACAUUGUCAUUUUGAACUUUUUAAAAUUCUCCAAUGUUUAACUUUCCAGCAAAACACAAUUUAUCAAGAAAGCAUCUUUGUAUCAAACCUACCUAAGUGGUUUAUAUAUGUUCAACCAACUAACUAAGCAAUGAACAUUUCACUCCAAAAACCAAUUUUUAGAUCAUCAAAAUGGGUCUCAUUAUCAUCACCCUGAUGGUCAUGAUCAUACAAGUUGCAUCAACAUCGUCCGACCAAAUAGAUGUUCUCACUCCUCUUUGCAUCAGUGAAUGCUCCACCUGUCCCACCAUCUGCUCUCCUCCUCCCUCCAAACCGCCACCCUCCACGUCACCACCUCCGUCUCCCUCAUUGCCGUCAUCCUCUCCCCCACGGCCGCCACCUCCGUCUCCCUCAUUGCCGUUAUCUUCUCCGCCACCAACACCGCCACCGCCUCACAAACGUUCUCCACAACCGGGUUCACCUCCACCGUUAAUCACGGUCAUCCAACCGCCACCACCAAGAUUUUACUAUUUUGAGUCCACACCGCCACCUCCACCGCUUUCUUCCAAUGGAAAAGGUUCACCGCCAUCGCCGCCUCCGUCCCCAAAGGGGCAGCAGCCUCCUUACCCAUAUCCUUAUUUCUAUUUCUAUACGGCAUCAAAUGCCACACCUCUCCUUUCUUCUUCUUUCUUGAUUUCUCUUUUUAUAUCUUGUCUCUCUAUUUUGCUUAAUAACGCUUAGUUAGUAUAAAAGACUCGACGACUCUAUUGUAAGUUUGUACUACUUAAAUACUAUUGUUUUUUAUUUUUGGUGUAAAAUACCAAUAUGCUAAUAUCGAUCAUCAAAAGCAGACGGCAGCAAAACAGAGUGUAGUACCAAAGUAUUUGAAAUUAGGAAUGUGAAAACGAGCUACUCGAUCGACCGACCUAAUCUAGCUGAUUGCGUCCACGACCAAGUCGUACUCGUACAUGCAUGGGACAUAGGCUAUCGAUUCAAAGUCUAGAACUACUGUAUAUAUAUCUCACUUAUCUUUUACAAAUGUAUAAUGUUUCUUCAGUCAUGAACUAAAGAUUCAAUUAGGGCACCAUUUUGUAGCGAGACAUGUAAAUGUGAAUAAUAUAUGACAAGGUGUUGUGAAUAAAAUACGUAGAUUUACAUUGUGACAAACCCAUUUUAAGUCGAUUACAUAUUAUAAAUCGACUUGUAUAAAAAAAAAAGAGAGUAUGAAACUAACCUAUGAAUGAUGUGAUCAUGUGAAGAAGAAAAAAAGGUCUCCAGUUAAAUUUUACCUUUGGUUAAUCCUUUGGUUGACGCGGUGAAAAAACAAAGAAGAAGAGUUAAUAAAAUAAAAAUUGAAAGAGCGAUUGAUUUCAGAUCCAAACACAGAAAAAUCGUGAAAUCUCCUCCUCUGUGUUGAUCCUCCUGGAUCUGUAUACAUUCUUCUAGAAGGUCGUGGAGAUGUCUCCAUCGAUAAGCAUCUCGAGUCAUUUCGAAUCGAGUUCUACUGAUUCACGUUUUGCUUAGAAAAGACGAACCGUCUCGGGAUGAACUUGAAGCAAUUAAAGAGAGCCUGAAGAAAGACGCGUCCUCAUUUCUUCGGUCAUGUGGAUGGUACGAUCAAGUACACUCCUCCAUGCGUGCCAAGAAGAGAGUGUGUACAGAGCAAUCAGGAGGAGAUGGUGAAGAUAGUAACGACUUAAGGAGGAGGUUGAUAGGAGAUGUAAAAUCAAGUUCCCUUCAGAUACCAGAUGAAUUGAAAGCGCAUCUUGUAAACCGGCUCCGGAAAAUUGGCAAGAAGAAAUACUCGUGAACCAUUCAUGGUUUGCUUAACCGGUUAAAAGUCUCUACGUGGUCCCUCUACACUCUCCUCUGUCCUCAAUUUCACCACAUCGCUCAUAUUGCUUGAAGCAUCCCGUUGGUUGUGUCUGGUGAUACAGAGAGAAGGUAUCAAGAUUUUUUUCAUGUGAGGGUGAAAAGGGAAUUUGUUUUUCCUUAUUAUUGUUACAUUUUUAGAAGAGAGUAACAAGUAAUUAAUGGAAAAAAGGA